GACAAGGUUCCUCACUCUGAGGACAAGGUCCCUCACCCCGAGGACAAGGUUCUUCACUUUGAGGACGAGGUUCCUCACACUGAGGACAAGGUUCCUCACUCUGAGGACAAGUUUCCUCACUCUGACGACAAGGUUCCUCACUCUGAGGACAUGGUUCCUCGCUCUGAGGACACGGUUCCUCACUCUGAGAGCACGGCUACUCACUGUGAGGACAAGGUUCCUCACUUUCAGGACAAGGUUGCUCACUCUGAAGACAAG